GCUAACUGACACAGUAUGGUGUGAACUUCAGUUUUAGAUAUCUCUUUAUUUUACAUUACAAACGACUCUUUCUGUUUUAGGGUUUGUUUUCGGCCUUGAUGACUCAUCAUUAGCCUCUCGAUGUUUAUGUCACCGUUUUAUAUUUUUUACUAACAAUUUGGCGAAUUCUUUUUAAGUGAAAAUCUAUGUGACAGAGGAUCGGCAUUACCCUGACAUGGCUGAGUUACUGCCACAACAGCCGCAGCCGGGGGAUAUAGACCCGGACUUCGAGCCUCUCUCUCGCCCGCGGUCCUGCACCUGGCCGCUGCACCGGCCGGAGCUCAUCGACCCGGCCAGCUCCAACGCAUCCUCCCCAGCACCGUCUGUGCAGCAGGAGCCAGCAGCAAACGCCGAGUUCAUCAGAAACCUCGACCUGGUGGAGGAGGACUAUAAAGAAUACUCAGAGCAGAAGCCGCUUUGCAGUGCUUUUCAGUGCCGGGACAGCAACUGUGUGCAUCAUUACCCCCACCAACAUCAUCAUCAACACCAUCAUCAUCAGCUCCAGCAGCAGCACCAGGUCCCGGGUCCACAGCUGUCGUCCCAGCAACAGGUGCCAAAUCCUGGGGUCCCACCUUUGGGUGGACCCGGGCAAAGGAAGAGCAGCUCGUCCCGGCGAAACGCCUGGGGGAACAUGUCGUACGCAGACCUGAUCACCAAAGCCAUAGACAGCUCACCUGAGAAGCGGCUGACCCUUUCUCAGAUUUACGACUGGAUGGUUAAGAGCGUGCCUUACUUCAAAGACAAAGGAGACAGCACCAGCUCCGCGGGCUGGAAGAACUCCAUCAGACACAACCUGUCCCUGCACAGUCGCUUUGUGCGCAUACAGAACGAGGGAACAGGAAAAAGCUCCUGGUGGAUGCUGAACCCAGAGGGAGGAAAGAAUGGAAAGUCACCUCGACGCAGAGCUACCUCCAUGGACAACAGCAAUAAGUUUGUCAAGAGUAGAGGAAGAGCCGCAAAGAAAAAGAUGGCUCUACAGGAAGGGCUUGAAGGAGGAGCAGGCAGCCCCAGUUCCCAGUACUCUACCUGGCUUGGAAGUCCAAACUCCCACAGCAACGAAGAUUUUGACACCUGGAAAACCUUUAGGACGCGUACCAGCUCUGAUGCCAGUACUCUGAGUGGUCGCCGUUCACCUUUCCCUUCUGAACAGGAUGAUGUGGGCGAGUCCGAUGGCCACAUAAUGUAUCCUGGAGUUGCUGGUGCUAAGAUAACCUCUACCCUGCCCAGCCUGUCUGAGGUGUCUGGAUCCAUGGGCCAGCAUCGCUCAGAAAAGGUCAUGGAUCUGCUGGAUAACCUUAACUUGCUGUCUCCUAAACCCUCCCAGCUCAGCUCUGACUCCUCACACUCCCCGCGCUCCUCAAACGCCGGCAUGCUUCAGAGUAGCCCCUAUAACUCCACUGGACUGACCCCACACCAGCAGCAGGACUACCAGAAGUGCUUGUAUAGUCAGGUGAGAAUGCACUCCCUGUCCCCUGCUCCUAUGCAGACACUUCCAGAGACUAAGCCCAGCUUUGGGGCUUACGAGAACCAGUAUAUCUUCCCUUCUGGGCUGCUGACAGGAGAACCAGACACCAGAAGGGACAUGAUGCACUCUGAAGGUGGGAGGGCAAGUUGUCCAAUACCUACUUAUAGCAGCCAAAGCCAUGUGGGUGGUCAUAAUGGAGUAAAAAUGAUGAAUCCCUCUCAGAGUCACCCACUUCCUCGUGUAAAUCCACAUACUCUGCAUAGCCAGGGUCCAGCUGCCUCACAAGACUUGAAUAGCUGUAACAUGAUACGCCUGACUAGUCAUUCAGGGCCCUCUCUUCGAAUGGCUGGUCCAAGAAUGUGCAUGCAGCUCCCCCUCGGACUCCCUCCACACACUAAUGAUGCCUCAGUGACCUACGGCAGCAGCAACAGCUACAGAGAACUCAACUCUGUACACCCACACAGUCAUCAUCAUCAAGAGCACCUACCCAGCGAUCUGGACAGUGUGCCUACUGAAAGGUUUGAAUGUGACUUGGAGUCCGUCCUCCAUGACACACUCAUGGAUGGUGGGGGGCUGGACUUUAAUUUUGAUCCAGCAGCUGGGCCUCAUGGGUUUUCCCAGAGGGUGAAGACGACCACACACAACUGGGUGUCAGGGUAGCAUCGCAGAGAGGUUUUUCUCCACAUCACUCUACUGCUCACCUUCAUUCAGAGAGUGGAAUCCAAAGAAGCUUUCACCAUCAUUAUCCAGAGAUCAGAAGAGGUUUUUGAGUCAUGUCCUAAAGCAGAAAUAAGAUGCAACAAUCACUGCAGUGAAUAUAAAACAGAGAGACAAGCCUGCAUAAGUCAACUAGCGUUGGUCUCAGCUACCUAUCAAAAACUGUAUGUAUGUUCAAAAGUAUGUAUAAUACAUAAGAAGGAACCACCAUAACACGAAUUUGUCUUUGUGCUACAAUCACACACGGGAAAACAAUGACUGGAGAAUGCAGAAUGACCAAGAUUACUGCAACUGUGUACAACGAACGCGUGAAUAAGUUCAAGUUUGAAUUUGUUGCUUCAGAGACAGGCACCAGGUCUGCAACCACUUGCAGCCAAUAGCCGUAAAUGGCAAUGGAGAUGGAGUCAGUUUGCUAUCAGGUUGGAUGAGGUCAAGCUGGCAAUUACAUGCAAUUUGUCUGCAAGAAUAUGGUAAUUAACUGUGAUAAAUCUGUUGCUGUCUACAUUAAACAGAUUUUUACACAAACUACUUACAUUCAGAGUCGAGCCCGAAAGCUCGUAGAUUUGAAACAGAAAUUGCAAUGUAGCUGCUGCAAUUUAAUUGCAAAAUGACAUAGGUGCUUGUCAACCUUGCUGUUAUAUAGGAACAUAACGAGAAUAGAACCAGUUGGGUUUAGUCCUCUUUUGCAAAGAAACUGAUUGCAGGCGAGUUGUGUCUCAUCAGUGCAGACUGACUCAAACUGAUUAUGAUACGUUGUCAGUGUGUCUGCAUUUAUAAAUUAGAUGACAAUUAUUUGCAAACCUUCUGCAAUCUGUGAGAGUAAUAGCAGUUAGUCAGAGUCCGACAAUGGUUGUUUGAUGACAGAUUUCCUCCCACCAGGCAAACUGCAAGCACCGAGAGGUUGAGUGCUGAACCUCUGAGCAGCCACUUAGUUACCACAACUACUUGCAAUUGGUUUUCAACAGUAAAAAAAUAAUAAUCUGUGUGAUCACAAGGUAAUUACCAUUCCUUUCUAGUUGCAAUGAGGUUGCAGUCUUAUUUUUAAUCUAGCAUGAUUAGUGUAAAAGCUGUUUAGAGGCAUUUUGUUAAAAGGUACACUGGGAACACAAUAAUUCUAUUUUCCAACACACAUUACGUUGUAGAUCUUGAAAGAUGAUUUAAAAAUAGUUCUUCACUUGCUACCCUGUGGUGCAAGGAGACAGCGUAAUGUAGGGUAGCUAUGAGGGCAAGACAGACAAAGAGGCAUCUUCAUCAAGAUGAAUCUUUCCACAUUGUUGUUCCACAUAAGUUACAUUAUCAACUAGUGGCAUUUGAUCAAUGUUUUGAAAUUACAAGAACAAUUUGGAAAAUUAGCACCAGAUUUUUCAAAAGAGGACUUGACAGCAUGUAAUCAGUAUAGUAUAUGAUUAUGACCCAAAUUAGUAAAGUAUUUUAGCUUUUAGGGAUUAUUUGGAAAUGUGUUUUAGGAACCAGCCAUCAACAGCAAAACAAUUACACUGUCAACCAGGAGAAAUCCUUACAGUUAACUGAUAAUCAAUAGAUAAAGUAGUGUAUCGUCUGAUUAGUAAUACCAAUUACAAUAAAGAGGAAAAGCUAUGUAUUGGAAAAAAGUGUAUAUGCACAAAAAUAUACCUCUGCAUAAUCACCACAUACAAGUUUAUGAAUCAAAUGAUGUUGUGAUACACUUCUGUCAAAACAGUAUCAGCUAUAUGUUCUCACUAUCAGAUGUGAUUAGAGACCUUGAAACAUGAGCUACAUCAAAAUUGUUGCAGACCUACAUUUUGGUAGUUGACCAAUCUGCAAAUUUUAUUUUUUUUGAUUAGUCAGCAAUUAUUUCAAUAACUCUCAACUUCACUUCAAGUCUGCCCACCUGUGAAUAUCACCCUGUUGGCUCUACCCAAAGAAAAUGAAAGUAAUGACACAGAAAACAUACGAAUAUGGAAAUAAUCCAAUUUAUUUUUUAACAUUACUCAGUAGGACAGAAUAAAAAUGAAGUAAAUAAAAAUAAAUAAAUAAAAAUUAAAGUGCUAGUAGUAUUUAAACAAACAAACAAAAAAAACAAUGUGUAAACUAAAAAUGUCUCUCCGUAAGUUCAAAUAAAGCUUCAAAUUAAAUCAAAAAGAUUUUAUUUUCCAGUCCAAAAUAACAUCUAGAAGAGAUUUACGAUUCGAAAUAAACGCUAAUAUUAAUGUUAAAGAAAAAAGGGAGAGUGUUGCUACUCCAGUUUAAUGUUUUUACUAUCGUAUUUCACUCAUUAGCUAACACAACUGAAAUGGUGUUUGCUUAGCAAGCAUCUUCCAUGAGAAAUUUCCGACAGGCAAGCUAACACAAACAUUAACAUAAACAUAAACGAGGUAUCAACGCGACGCAACGUAACUCUCUAAAACUGACCCGUUUAGAGUUAACGUCACCGCACCAGGGUGCUGACGGAUAUGCUCUUGCGCUGCAGUAGUGCUGUCGUGAAAGGUUUUGCACAGUCAGCAUUUAACUUUCAAAUUUUUUUGCAUUUUCUCCCCUCUUCCCCAACCCAGCUGUUUUACUUUUCGCGCUACGUUCUUCUUCGUUAGUACCGAAUGCCGUAUUGGCAGACCUUAUAGGCGACACUGCCCCCAUAGCUUCCUAUAGUGUAUUGCAGUUGCAAAAACAUAUUUACGUGGUUCUAGAAUAUGACGCAUCGACGAAUUUUUAUAGUCGAUGUUAUCGAUUAUGUCAUCGAAUCGUUGUAGCCCCACCUGAAACUAUAAAUAGGAAAUUUAUAUACUGCAUGUUUUGCUUUUUAUUGUAAUCUGUUAAUUCUCGAUUUUGAACUUUGUGAAUCAUAUGUUUUGUAUAAUAUCCUGUAUGUAUUGUAUUGAGAUGGCUGCAGUUUCUUAAUCUAAAUCUAAGAGAAGGCUCAUAUAGAUCUCCACCAAUGCAAAUGUUCUAUUUUAUGUUAAUGUUGUUUUAAUGCAGUUUUAACAGCAGUCUAGAGAAUUUUAGUGUUUGGAAAUACCUCUAAAUACUAAUGCUCCUUAAGUAUAUUUGGUCUCUUGGGGGGAAAGGUUAUCAGUGUAACAAUCAUUGCAACAUAUAUUCAGUUUUUUACAGGAUUACAUGGACACUGUAAAUUCUACCAUGCGUUAAACAUUUCUGUAAAAACUGUACUGGAUAAUUUAAAGAGUGAAAUGUGUUUUUCAUGACUUUCUCAGAUCAAAAGGAUAUUUUUGGGAAUGUGAGGUCAAUUAAAAGGCCGGUAGUAGUGAAAUCCUAAAAUAGCUGGAAAUAUGUAAUGGUUGAUGAAACUUAACCAACAUAGGCAAGUGUUAGCUGCUUACUUCCAGGCAGCUUCAUAUGUCACCAAAGACACAUUGUAUAAAAAAAAAAAGUGCCAAUUUAUUGUGUCAACAUCAUCUCGCAAACUUCUGUUGUACAUAUUUUAUUUAGUAUUACUUUUUUUUCGUAUUUUGACCUCUUACUUGUUGUAGUACUGAACCCUUAUACAGCAUGUAUGAUUGUGUUAGAUGUGGUUGUUUACAUAUCACAGUGCAAACAAUAUCAGUGGCUAUAUGAACACUCAUACCUCAAAAUUUUACCUCUGAAGUGUUGAAGGAACAUUUCCUUCCAAUUUUCUUCACUGAGUAUUGUGUAUUUGAUUUGUCUUCAUCUCAGAGUUUUGAUUUUGUACAUAUUUUUUCAUAUCUCAUUAUUUCUGCAACAAGUUAUAUAAAUGGGGACCUCUUUACGGAUCUCUCUAUAUAACAUCGGGAUUAAUUAAACCUAAGUCAUUUGAAAGAUUUAUCAUUGACAAAACUCGCUGAAAAGUAUUCUAUCACAUUAAUUUAAUUAUGUUGUUGUAUAAGAGGUCUCUUAUCAUUUUUCUGUCAUAUCAAAAUAAGUAUGUCCCAGGACUAGUUUAACAUAGUUUAAAUAGUUUAACAUUACCUUAUGAAGAUUUUUUGUAGAAAUGUUUUGAGCCUGCUAUAUUUAAUUAGGAAAAGGGUAUUAUUUCUUUUUAUGUGUAACACAAAUUAAUGUGCACAUUUCUGUGCAAAUGUGUUUU